GAGACAGAUGCUGAGAGGUGAGCACACGUGAUGUUUCAAAGAUGGCUACUUGGAAGGUAUUAGAAUGACGGCCAAGCAUGGACACACUCACACAAAACGGUUCACAAUGAAGAUGUCUCUCUGACACAUCAAGGUGGCGGACGGAAAUAGUAUUUAUUAGCGUUUGUGCGACAAGGGACCCGGAUUUAAAGGACAGAUCUUGCAUGUGUGACAGGUUUGGCGGUGACAGUUUGGUGGCAGCGUUGGAAUGGCGGAGACGACAGCAUGCAACUAGCUAGUGUUGUGUUUACCUGGACCCCGAUCGAUUGCGAGGUCUCCCAGCACAUGUAAACACACCGUCACCGCCAUGACGUAAGCACCUCGCUCUGGGCCCGGAAUAAUUUUCAUCAAUGACAAACUCUUCCCAUUGAACGCUGCCGACAUGUGAACGGACCGUUCAUCACAAGGCGGUGAGGACGUUCUGCUAAAACAUGGCCACACACAGCACAGAGUGGAGUGUCACCAGGACGAUAAGUGGCGCGCGUGCGAUCAACUGACCAUUGGAUACGUCACAUCACGUACAUCAGCACGUACUCUCACACAUGCCUUGACAUUAAUAAGGUAAAGUGAAACAUACUCGAUCCAGUGGCGACUGUUAUUGUAGUAUUAGUAUUGAUUCAGAGGCUGAUGCUGGUGCAGAACAACCACGGCAGUCUGGCGCGGAGUACGUACGUAUGCAGUGUAGAGAAUGUACAGAUUUAACACAAAUUACGUCGAAUUCUGCUAAUGUGAUUGACACACUGACUGACAACCGAACGAUGUGAUAGAGGCUCGUGUGUUGGCUUGAAGACGUUACGCUAGAAUACCAUGUUAACAGUCUAGAUCAGCCAGAUGUCCGCGCCGCGAUGCCGGGUUCGACUUUCAUGCCACCGUUUAACGGCGACAUACCAGGUCAGGCCGUGUCCCCAUACGUUACCGUGGGUAUCCUCGUGGCCGGGUUUGUUGGAGGACUCGUCAUUGUCAUCGCCGUUAUCCUCUUCUGCAAAUUUUGUCUGAAAAAGGACAAGGGACUCGGAAGACAAAGCACAAGUGACAGCAGACAGGCUUCAGACAGAGAGAGGCGCUCCAAACCCCUACAGCGUUAUGAAACCAUCAACUCGGAUGUGUUCUCUGAGCCAAGUACCGGAUCCAUGGAAGGCAUCCCCAUCAGCCCUCGUAAAGUCUACGAUACCAGAAGCGUCGAGAGGUUCCCAGCUGAUGUUGAAGACAUUGAUGAAACAACCAAGCUCAAGUCCGACUUUGACAAAGUGAGCUACCAUGAGGGUGUAGAAGAAGAGGGGGGUCACCUGCCACCUCACCAGACUGAGGACACCCCCGCGGAGAAAUCGGGGAGGUACACAGAGGGUGACUUUCAUCACUUGAAGAAGUCCCGGAUCGACAAGAAUAUUCGAAAGCAGUGUUCCCUUGGUCCGCCGUUUCAGGGACAGGAAAUGAGCAGUCCCACAACACCAGACAGGCGUCAGUCAGAUUUCUACAUGGAGGACGAAUACAUUGGCAGUCCCAAACCAGAGCCAUUCAUAUCCACUUCCGCAGUUAUGUCCCUUGGUGAUUCUCCCUCUCCCACAGACUCCGCGCCACUACAUCGGGAAGUGGCAGUCGAAAUACACUAUCAAUCACGUGGACGAAACGGUAGUGUUGGCAGCGGCCGCAGUGGCCGGAGUGUUGGAAGUGAAGGCAGCGGGGGCCGUGUGUUAAAUGGUGGCAGUGAGGGUCGUCUCGGAAGUAGUGGUAGCGGGGGUGGUCUCGGAAGUAGUGGUAGCGGGGGUCGUCUCGGCAGUAGUGGUAGCGGGGGUCGUCUUGGAAGUAGCGGCAGUGGCGGAGGUGGCGGUCGAUCUGGAAGCGGUGGGAGUAUAAAUAAUGUUAGUGGCGCUGUGUGUCUCAGUAAAGGUGAGAGCAGGCGCCAUUCACUGGGACUUGGUGGGUCGUCUGCUCCUAAAGCCGAGCGCGAAAAGAGAGUGCGCUCUCAUUCACAUAGCCUUGACACAAAUCGAAUAUUUGAGAAAAUGAAUGAACGAAAAGUGAAAAGUUUUGAGGAUAUUGUUGAUUAUGAUGUGUUAAAAAUAACAGAAUUCAAAGGGCCAUUCUAUAACACAGACUUCGACGUGAUAUCGGAACUGAAUUCCCCGGACACGUGCAAAGUCCGGUACAACGACACAGGGAGUAUUGAGAUCUUGAACGAGGACCAGUUGGACCAAAUGGACAUGUACGGCGAGCUUGACUCGAUACGAGUGGAUAGUGAUGAUACGGACACAUUAAAUGGGACGCAGAAGUACCGCGAGCUGUGGAACCUAAGAACGACAUUCGAGGAGGAGGAAGAGUGUAGUGAUACAAUUCGUAUGGAGGACAUGACGUCACCCGACCAGUCUCCAGACGGAGAAGUGCCUAAUUCAUACACCACAUCUUUUGAAUCGAAUACCGAGUCGGUGCCAUACGCUGAAUGUGUUGAGAAACGAUGUAGUCCCCACAGUGGCGACUGCAACCCAAACUCAGGCUGUCACCAACUACACCCCUCUCAUUAUGAAAACAGGAGGCAAAACUAUAAAAACAUUCUUGCAAAAAGACUGCAACGAAAACCUCCAAAUGCGAGUGCUGACAAUAGUUUUGAUAGUAUAGAGACGGUCGACACAGAUGGCGAGGUGUCGGACACAAGUCGUCCCGAGGUGACGACCACGUCGUUCGAGUCGACGACAGAUAAUACGGACAGCACAACAGAGAGCCAAAACCACAAACUGAUACAGAUGAAGGCGGACAGUGGGUACAAGUCGAUGGAGACACAGUCUCCAUAUAUCAAACGGACUCACAGUACGAGUGAGAUUGAAGUGCUCGAAGAGGGCAACAGCCCCGAGCAUCCCGCGCGCAUCUACACGCAUUCCUAUUCACUUCCGGAGGCGGGAACCUCCAAAGAGGGGUACGGCCGGCGGUCUAAAUACUUUGAAAGGAGAAACGGAAAGACAGCGUCAAAAAAGCGAAGAGAGUACAGCCGGGAAAGACAGAUUGUACAAAUUUAUGAGAGCAUUAAUGAGCCAGAGACAGACUCGAGAUCAGACCAGCCUUCUGGUGACAGUUUUGAGGAAACGGAUACACCAAGCAAGUCGUCUUUGUUCUCCCGUUUCUUUAAAUCCCAUCGCGAAUCGAAGGAGAGAAUAAUGAUGCGAGAUUUCAGUGUCGAUCAGAAAACUUACAAAGUGUUUCAGGAGUUCGUUCGUUACGACCCUUCCUUAGAAUCAUGUGGGUCGGGUCGUCACCGCUCACCGCGGUUUACGCGCCAUAGAUUACAGAGAAAACAUACGGAUCCAAUAUACUUUGAAGAGCGACGGCGUAAUCGGCUUACACCAGAACUUAGAAGCGCUAGCCUUGGAAGUGACAGCAGCGCAAGUUCGGCGCGCCGUUUAUCGCCCCAGGACAGUAUAGAGGAAGAGGAUUAUGAUAAAGUUCGAGAAGCGGAAGAGAAAGAGGGCUGGUCACUUGAACAGGCUUCAAGAGAUACCGCUGGCAGACAAUCAUUGUCAGUUUCAGUUCAUGACAUUCCAGUUAUACACCUACCGGAGGAGGAGGCGUGUACAUCUGCUGAUGUUUAGUAUCGUUACGCAUACGGUUGCCAUAGAAACUAUUUGGCGUUAAGUGUAACUGUUCUUUAUGACUGACUGGCGGUACACGGAAGUUUGGUAUUAUUGUUGUUCAUGCCAUUGACUGUUGCGCCACCUAACGUUGUACAGUAAAAUAUUUGGGUAGAUAUUUGUGGCCCCCCAAACAAUCUUUUGAUGUAAAAUGUUAAAUUAUGAUUCAUCGUUAUACCAUUUGUUAAAUCAAAUCUUUAUUUACAAACCAGUAUAUCUCUUUAUGUUGAUGUUGAAGUGACUUCAUUAUAUACAAGAUGUAUAACCAAUUGGUUUCAUAACCAAUGAACAAUCGAAAAUGUUCUAGUCAAAUAUGAUAUGUAUAUCUUGGUUUUUUUCGUGCCAAUUUUACGUUUCCCUAUCUCUUGAUUUACCUUGACGUGUAUUAACUGGGUAUUUGAAAUAUGAGCAGAGUUCCUCCCCAUACACUGACAGCACGUGGAUUUACCUGCCCUAAAAAUAACAACUAUGUGGAGUAACAGUAACACUUCUCAAACUGACAGUACGUGGAGAGUUAUCUCCCCUCACCAUAGCAGAAUGUGGAGUGCUACCUCCUAUCACGCUGAUAGGAUAACGAGAGUUAACUCCCCUUACCCUGACAUAUUGUGGGGAGGUGCCCCCAAUCAUAUAUUCAGUUACUGGAAAGUCACCUCGUUUCACAUAAUCUGGAGAGCUACCCCCGCCCACUGCUGAAUACGGUAUUAAUGUCCUCCGAUAUAUAAAAUAGACGUCUCUCGGGCGAUGUAUCGAAAUCGUUCAUAUUCAAUGUGUGUUUUGAAUGGAAUAAGUUACUAUUACUUCCAAUUU